GGGUGGAAGGCACUGGUACCCAAGCUCACUCUGGGGACCGGAAGUCUUGACCCCAGCUACUGGAAGGCGUGGGGACUGCGACCUUAAUCAGAGCCCAAAUGGCCCAGUGGGAGGAGCUGCAGAAUCUCGACAGCCCAUUUCAGGAUCAGCUGCACCAGCUCUACUCACAAAGCCUUCUCCCGGUGGACGUUCGACAGUGCUUGGCCAUUUGGAUUGAAGAUCAGAACUGGAAGGAGGCUAUAAUGGGCAAUGAUUCCAAGGCUGACAUGCUGUUCUUCCACUUCUUGGACCAACUGAACUCUGAGUGUGGUCGCUGCAGGCAGGACCCUGAGUGCUUGUUGCUACGGCACAACUUGCGAAAAUUCUACCGGGAUAUUCAGGCCUUUCCCCAGGGCUCUACCCAAUUGGCUGAGAUGAUUUUUAAUCUUCUUCUGGAAGAAAAAAGAAUUCUGAUCCAGGCUCAGAGGGCUCAGUUGGAGCAAGGCAAGCCAGCUCUUGAAGCACCUGUGGAGAGCCAGCAGCCUGAGACUGACUCCCGGAUCCUGGAUUUAAGGGCUAUGAUGGAGAAGUUGGUGAAAUCCAUCAGCCAACUGAAGGACCAGCAGGAUGUCUUCUGCUUCCGAUAUAACACUCAGACCAAAGGGAGGACAUCCUCUUUGGAUCCCCAUCAGGCCAGACAGCAGCAGCUUCUGCAAGAAACUCUUAAUGAACUGGACAAGAGGAGAAAGGAGGUGCUGGAUAUCUCCAGAGCACUACGAGGCCGAUUAACUACCCUAAUUGAGCUACUGCUGCCAAAGUUGGAGGAGUGGAAAAUCCAGCAACAAAAAUCCUGCAUUGGAGCUUCCUUGGACCAUGGGUUGGAACAGCUGGAGAAAUGGUUCACAGCUGGAGCAAAACUUUUGUUUCACCUGCGGCAGCUGCUGAAGGAGCUGAAGGGAUUGAGUCUGCUGGUUAGCUAUAAGGACGACCCUCUGACCAAAGGGGUAGACCUACUAAAGGCUCAGGUCACAGAGUUGCUACAACGUCUUCUCCACAGAGCCUUUGUGGUAGAAACCCAGCCCUGCAUGCCCCAAACUCCCCAUCGACCCCUCAUCCUCAAGACUGGGAGUAAAUUCACCGUCCGAACAAGGCUGCUGGUGAGACUGCAAGAAGGCAGUGAGUCACUGACUGUGGAAGUCUCCAUUGACAGGAAUCCUCCUCAAUUACAAGGCUUCCGGAAGUUCAACAUUCUGACCUCAAACCAGAAAACUUUGACACCUGAGAAGGGGCAGAGUCAGGGCUUAAUUUGGGACUUUGGCCACCUGACUCUGGUGGAACAACGUUCAGGUGGCUCAGGAAAGGGCAGCAAUAAGGGGCCACUGAGUGUGACAGAGGAACUGCACAUCAUCACCUUCACAGUCAAAUACACCUACCAGGGUCUGAAGCAAGAGCUGAAAACGGACACCCUCCCUGUGGUGAUUAUUUCUAACAUGAACCAACUCUCAAUUGCCUGGGCCUCAGUUCUCUGGUUCAAUCUGCUCAGCACAAACCCCCAGAACCAGCAGUUCUUCUCCAGCCCCGCCAAGGCUCCCUGGAGCUUGCUGGGCCCUGCUCUCAGUUGGCAGUUCUCCUCUUACAUUGGCCGAGGCCUCAACCCAGAGCAGCUAAGCAUGCUGAGGGACAAACUAUUUGGGCAGAACUCUAGGCUUGAGGAUGCUUUGUUGUCCUGGGCUGACUUCACUAAGCGGGAGACUCCCCCUGGCAAGCUACCAUUCUGGACAUGGCUGGACAAAAUUCUGGAGCUGGUACAUGACCACCUGAAGGAUCUCUGGAAUGAUGGACAUAUCAUGGGCUUUGUGAGCCGGAGCCAGGAGCGCCGGCUGCUGAAGAAGACCAUCUCUGGCACCUUUCUACUGCGCUUCAGUGAAUCAUCAGAAGGGGGCAUUACCUGUUCCUGGGUGGAGCACCAGGACGAUGAUAAGGUGCUCAUCUACUCUGUGCAGCCCUACACCAAGGAGGUGCUGCAGUCACUACCACUGACCGAAAUCAUCCGCCACUACCAGCUGCUCACUGAGGAGAACAUACCUGAGAACCCACUGCGCUUCCUCUAUCCCCGAAUCCCCCGGGACGAGGCUUUUGGGUGCUACUACCAGGAGAAAGUUAAUCUCCAGGAACGGAGGAAAUACCUGAAACAUAGGCUCAUUGUAGUCUCUAACAGACAGGUGGAUGAGCUGCGACAACCGCUGGAACUGGAGCCAGAACUGGAGUCAUUAGACCUGGAGCUGGGCCUGGCACCAGAGCCAGAGCUAGGGCUAGGCCAGGAGUUAGAGCCACUGCUAGAAUCAAUGCUGGACCUUGGGCCCACAUUUGAGCCCACUCUGGAGCCUGUACUGGAGCCUGUGCUGGAGGCCACUCUGGAGCCUGCACUGGAGCCCAAGCUAGAGCCUGUGAUGGAGCCCACUCUUGAUCCUGUGCUGGAGCCCAAGCUAGAGCCCAUGAUGGAGCCCACACUAUGCUUGGUAUCCCAAAGAGUUCCAGAGCCAAAUCUGAGACCUGUAUCACAGCCAGUGCCAGAGCCAGAUUUGCCCUGUGAUCUGAGACACCUCAACACUGAGGGAAUGGAAAUCUUCAGAAACUGUAUGAAGAUUGAAGAAAUCAUGCAAAAUGGUGACCCACUGUUGGCUGGCCAGAACACCGUAGAUGAGGCCUACGUCUCCAUCCCCAGCCAUUUCUACACCGAUGGACCCUUGAUUCCUUCUGACUACUAGGAAUUACAUUUCCUUUGUUUUUUACGUGUCUCUUGUCUUCCUACUCCCCAUGUCAUGAUGUUCUUCUUCAAGGAUGGGAAAUCAGGCAUGUGCCCCUUCUAAGCUGGGUUAACCCUGGGAUUUGGGGUGAGAGGUGAAAGCAUAACAUGGGUAUGGAAGGGGCACCAACAAAUCAGAACAGAUGCUGGCCAUAGUUCUAAAUAGGAUCCUGGCAGCUGUCUGCUGUGCUGGGAGGCGUAAGGAUCCUGGGAGCAGGCCAGGAUGUUGGGAGGUACUUGGACGGCUCAGGGCAGUGGCAUCUUUUCAGUAUGGAAGGAUUUUUAACAUUUUAAUACCUGUUGAGGCUAAACUGGUGCACGCUAGCACAGGUGUGUGAUAGGACUCCAUCUCUCCCUUCUGGUUCCUUCAUGUCUAAGAUAACCUUUGCCUUUCUUCCUUUCAUUCCUGACUCAAGUCCUAAAUUUCUUUUUUUUUUUUUUUUUUUUGUGUCUUUUUUGUGACCAGCACUCAGCCAGUGAGUGCACUGGCCAGUCCUAUAUAGGAUCCGAACCCGCGGCGGGAGCGUUGCCGUGCUCCCAGCACUGCACUCUCCCGAGUGCGCCAUGGGCUCGGCCCCUAAAUUUCUACUUUUCCUGUGGAGCUUUCUGUCUCAGCCUACCAUGUGAAGCUCCACCCUGAAGAGAGGGAUAAGUAGACCUCUUCUUACCAGUCUCCUCCCCUGUUCUGUCCCCUAAGCUGGCUGCACCCAUUCCUGCCCCAUGAAGUGGUCUUGCCAAUCUAACAUGCCUGUGAAGCUUUGCACACUAAUUUAUGCUGCUUGGUCUUCACUUCCUUAAUGCUUAGGAGACUAACCGCUCCCAGAGGCCAGGGAUAGUAGUGUUGCUGGGAAUUUAGGAACAGCUUUUUAUAGUAUUGGAUAGAGUUUGGUGUUUUUACAGAGGAAGAGAAGCUCUGGGUCUUAGCUAUUUCUCUGUGAAGAUAUCAUCCCCUUUCUUUUGUAGCAUACAUUGUGGUUUUUUGAGGAGGGGAGACGGCGGGUGGGGGGCCAGUAUGGGGAUCUGAACCUGUGACCUUAGUGUAAUAAGGCCGCUCUCUAACCAACUGAGAUAACUAGCCAGCAUGUUGUAUCAUAUAUUGUUUACCUGAAAGGAAGGUUUCUUUUCCUUGGGUGUGGACCUGGGCUAGACCAAGUUCCUGGAACUUAGAACCUUGAUGGUUUAUUAUAGGACUCUGGACACCUCACACCUUAGCCAUUCCCAAGGAACCUCAGGGAGCAACUGCCAUUUUUCUAAGAUGUGCUUCUGGUGUAACUUGAGAUAUAAAUGAAAGUGAGGCCCUGCACAUGUGGCUGUUUCCUGCCUGGUAUGUCAGAGGAACAGUCCUGUUCAAAAAGGGGCUCUUCUGAGCAGAAAUGGCUAAUAAACUUUGU